AUGUGUAACUUGCUUGGCGUCAAUGCUCGACACGGGAAGAUUCGUGACUAUACUUUGCAUGAAGUCCAUAACAGAAAAAACGCGGGCGGAAAUUGCCACGAUAUUCUGAGUAAGUUGUUCGAGGUACAGGAAAACAAACAAUCUGAAAUGGACAUAAGCGACGUUAUCUCCAUGGCCUCGAGCAAUAUCAAUGCUGGGAGUGAUACAACGGCCAUCUCCCUAAGAGCGGUCAUCUACUAUCUUCUUAAAAAUAGUCGAUGCAAAGAGAAGCUGCUGGAGGAGAUCGAUACAGUAAUGUCAGGGGAAGAUUCUUUCGCCGUCGUUACAGUCUGGCAGUCAAAGAACAUGCCAUACUUGCAAGCUUGUAUGUAUGAGGCACUGCGACUCCAUCCUGCAGUUGGCAUGAGCUUGCCUAGAACCACACCCGCUGGUGGUAUCAGUAUCGAUUCACAUUUCAUUCCAGAGAAGGUAAAGUUGAUCCAAAUGGUUAGAGGUAUCACAAACUCGGCUAAAUCAAUGCAGACUAUCAUCGGAGCCAAUCCCUGGGCUGUGCACUAUAGUGAGGACGUAUAUGGUCGGGAUGCUGACCAAUUCCGCCCCGAGAGGUGGCUGGAAGAUGAGACAGGUGAUUUGCGUAGGUCGAUUGAGACUUUCGAGUUGCCUUGA